UUUAAACCCUACCCCCCAUCACCAAACCGGGAAGCCGCGAUCACCAUUCCCCCGCUUCACCACCGACCACCUAACGCCAGGCACCACCAGACCGAGCUAGCUAGCGCGAGAUGGCGUCCGCGUCGCCGUCGUGGGUGAUCCUGGGCACGGUGCCUCGGGUGGCGGCCGCCGACGCCGACCUCCCGCCGGGCGCGGACCUCUCCCUCGAGCUGCCGGCGCCGCCGCGCGUGGCGCUCCUCACCAUCCCCCCGCGCAUGUUCCCGGGCCGCAUCACCACCGACCGCUUCCCGUCCGUCGUCGCCGCCGACGCAUCUGGCCUCCUCCUGCUCAAGGCCGACCAGGGCCGCGCCACGGGCCCCACCAUCAUCGACACGCCCCAGCGUAAGGAGUUCUCCUGGCGCCCCUUCGUGGAGGGCUACUUCGUCCUCGACGCCAAGACGGUCUCCGCCUUCCCGCUCCCCAAGCCCGAGCUCAUCAUGCACCCGGGCCACCUCGGCCACAUCGCCUCUCCCGGCGGUGCAGGCCGUUACGUGGUCGCCGAGCUCCAGCCGUUCUACGGCGGACCAGAAGCCACCCUCAUGCGCUUCUCGUCCGAAGUCGGAGAGUGGGUCUGCACGAACGUCGGCUUCCCGCUUCGCUCCCGGAUGCUGUCACCAAACGGCGUGGUUUCGCACUCCGGGAGGCUCUGGUGGGUCGACCUCUCCUGGGGCCUCAUCACCUGCGACCCCUUCGUGGACGAGCCGGUGCUGAGCGUCGUCCCGCUCCCGGAGGGCAAGGCGCUCAAGGCCAGAGAACGUUGGGGAUUGCUCGACAAGUGCCGCUGCGUGGGUGUUAGCGACGGCAAGCUACGGUUCGUGGACAUGUACAGGAACAGCAACAGCCCCUGCGACGGCUCUGAGCAGAUCAGCGUGUGGACGCUCGCCGAUCCGGAUUCCACGGAGUGGACCCUGGAGUACGAGGCCACCUUUGCGGAGAUCUGGGACGACGCAAGCUUCACGGCCACUGGACUGUCAAGGAAGAUCCCGGUGCUGGCGCUCCUUCAUCCCACCAACUGUGAUGUCGUCUACUUCUUCCUGGACGAGCACCUGCUCGGUGUCGACGUGCGUGCUCGCAAGGUCGUGGAGUGCGAGAUGUACGAGCUGGUUGCGCCGCCUAGCAAACACGUCGCUAGCCGCUUCGUUCAUGCUUGGCAGCUGCCACGUGCUCUCUGCUCAGGUUCUGCAAAGGAGACUCUCGACGGCCCGAAUGACGGGCUGCAGCAGCUGCAUCUGUCAGUUGAAAAUGAGGAAUGAGAACUGCAGUUUACUUAUUAACAGGUAGAGGAAGUAAUACUCCAAGUUAUCAGGUGGCUAGGGUCUGAAGCUGAGUGAAGACCAGUUGGCAAUGGCGUUGACAGCAGUCUGUCUCAACGAAAUCGACAACAUGGCUGAAACGUUCUCCUUGUUUUUCUUAUCACUGUUUAAAUUCAGACCUUAGUAGUACUGGCCUGUAAUUUGAAGGUAUGGUUGAUCCAUCUUCUUGGCUCAGAACUGAUGGCAGUAAAUUCUUGAUGGAUUAUGGCCUAUGGGUGGAAAACUGGAAGUAAGGCAGUAGCCUUUGAUGUCUCGGUCUCCAAAAUUUA